AUGGCAGAUGACAAUAGCCAAAAUGGAGCAGUCAACAAGGCCAGUAUCUUUAAAGGAGACAGAGCAAAGAGUCAACAGUUCCUAGGGGAACUCUACCUCUACUUCCUAGGAAAUUCCAAAUGCAUCAGGAUAGAUGAUGAUAAAGUUAAAUGUGCUCUGUCCUCUACAUCAAAGAAGUGGACUACUUCUUUGAAACAAGCCUACCUGGGUGGAGUUUGA